UCCAUUCAGUUACUAACUUGAAGUGGCUACUGUAGCUCGCAUGGAACUACAUUUAUUACAGCUCAUACGUUUAUUAUAUGUUAAAUGUCAUAACGGUGGAUUUGAGAAAUCGGUCCCACCGGUUGAGAAAAGAUAUUCGUGUUUCUUUCAACCCAAUUCGGUGCGUUUUUGGAACACGAGAAAUGGAAGAGUUGAACGAGUCCAAGUCCUCACCCGCUUCUGCGUUCGAGAAGGACGCAUUUGGGCUGACAGUGGAAGAUGUUUAUGACAUUUCAUACGUCAUUGGCAGAGAUUUGUUGAAAAUAAUUAAUACAGGCGAGGAAGUCUCAGAUUUGCAAUACAAAAUUGUUCGUGUUUUGGAGAUGUUUGAAACGUUAGUGAAUAAGCACAACCUAUCGCUGGAGGAGUUGAAAAUGGAACGAGACAACUUGAAAAGUGAACUGGAUAGAAUCGUGAGAGAAAGUUCUGUCGGUCAGAAAGAGCAAACACUAGGACCAAACAAACUGGUGGUAGACAUGAAAGAUCCCAACAGACCACGCUUCACAAUGCAGGAGCUGAAGGAGGUGCUUCAGGAGAGGAACCAGCUCAAGGCACAGCUAUUGGUGGCCCAGGAAGAGUUGCAGCUCUACAAGAGUGGGAUGCACUCACAGGGCAAGCAUGCCAUGGUAAAGGCUGACCUGGAAUUUCCAUCCCCUUCGGUUCCUGACACAACAGAUGAGACUAAAGAGGAACCAAAAGAGGAAAAUACCAUCAGAAAGCUGUUUUCAUUCAGGCGGAAAUGAGGACAACCAGUGUGAGAAGGACCUAAAGCAUUAAUACUAACGAUAAACCAAACAUUUUUAUGCACACUUUUCCCCCCUAUGCUUUCUUUGUAUUAGAAUAAUUUUACAUUUUUUUAUGAAUUAAUGGCAAUUUUAAACUCUAGAACAAUUACGUCUUUUAAAAGUAUCUCGGCAUUGUUUUUAUAGAUUUGUGUCAUGUCAUUAAUAGUUAAGGGAAAAUUCCUAUUUCUGCACUAUAGGUAGAUAACAUGGUAGAUGCACGCCAAACUCAUGUUUCCUUGAACUUUGUACAAAAAUGAGCUGUAACAGGAUUCCUUUUUGGUUGAACAUUCAUCACUAUUUGGCUCAAACUCUGGAUGAACAGAUGGAACCUUGCAAAGACCAACAUUCAAGCCGGGGGGUUACAACAG